CCUCGUCCUCUGUAUUCCCAGGACUGUCCAGAGGAGAAGGUCCCAGAGAAUCCUCAGAUGACAAAUCAGGGGGAAGAUCUGACCAUUAUUAAAGUGGAAGAUGAAGAUGAGUGGAUGAUGGACGAUCCUCCUUGCAAGACUGAGGUGGAGGAGGACAUUCCAGGAGAUGUCACCACAGAAAAUCCCGUUAAGAAUUCUGCAGAAAACUACAUGUUAUCACUAAAUUAUAAAGCAGAAGAUGAAGAUAUCAUGCAGCGCUCUUCGGGAGAAAACUUUUAUGUAUAUCCAAGACUUCACAGGACAUCUCUAGUAUAUAAUCCCAUUCAUCAUGAGGAACCUUCUCAUGACCAAUCACAGAUUGUUUCCACAAGUAAAGGUCAGAAAGGGGGUGAAAUGUUUCACUAUGGUAAUGAGUUUGCAAAAAUAUCAAGUCUUUCUACACACCGAAUUCACAGAGGGGGAAAGCCAUACUCUUGUUCAGAAUGUGGAAAGUGCUUUACAAACAAAUCACAUCUUGUUUUACAUUUGAGAUGUCACACAGGAGAGAAGCCAUAUUCAUGUUCAAAAUGCUGGAAAUGCUUUACAGAUAAAUCAAAUCUUGUUAAACAUGAGAGAAUUCACACAGGGGAGAAACCAUAUUCAUGUUCAGAAUGUGGGAAACGUUUUAUAGAUGCAUCAAGUCUUGGUACACAUAAGAGAAUUCACACAGGAGAGAAGCCGUAUUCAUGUUCACUUUGUGGGAAAUGUUUUACACAGAAAUCAAAUCUUGUUAAACAUCAGAAAUUUCACACCGGAGAGAAGCCAUAUUCAUGUUCAGAAUGUGGGAAAUGUUUUACAGACAGAUCAAGUCUUGUUACACAUGAGAGAAUUCACACAGGAGAGAAACCGUAUUUAUGUUCAGAAUGUGGGAAAUGUUUUACACAUAGGUCAAGUCUUGUUUCACAUCAGAGAAGUCACACAGGAGAAAAGCCAUAUUCAUGUUCAGAAUGUGGGAAAUGUUUUACAGGAAGAUCACAUCUUGUUACGCAUGAGAGAAAUCACACAGGAGAGAAGCCAUAUUCAUGUUUAGAAUGUGGGAAAAUGUUUACAGGAAAAUCACGUCUUGUUACACACGAAAGAAUUCACACAGGAGAAAAGCCAUUUUCAUGCUCAUAAAGUGCAUAUUUAUUUGCACUCAAAUGGAUGAGGAAAGUACAAUUUAUUUAUUUUUUAAUUGAGUACCCC